AUGUCUGAGAUGGAUCGAGAGUGGAAGCCCAAGGUCCGGCCACAGUCGACCAUGGCACAAGCCUUUUCCUCCGCGCUGGACAGCGCUUUCAUGCUUGACUCGGACGUCAACAACCUCUCCCAAACCAUCGACCAGAAGAAGCAGCAAAUGAUGAUCCAAAGCCGCGAACUGGAAGAGCUGCAGGCGCGGAUCCGCGAAGCGGAGAAGCGCCUUCAGUCGCAGCAGGCGGGUGCGACCGGCAACAGCUCCCGACACCGGGAGGAAGGUCAGACAGCCGCGUCCCAGGGACCCAGCAAGCAGCCUGAGCAGCCUGAGCAGCGAGGAGACAAUUGA